GCAGUCGCUGCUUUCUGAGAACAGCUGCUGCUGAACAUAUAAACGGAGCCGGCCGGACCGGUCCGGCACCCUUCCAGAACCUCCGGAACCAUGAAGAUCCAGCUGAGCCUCUGCCUCCUGGCUCUCCUCUGCUCCCUGCGGUCCAGCUCUGCAGCUCCAGUCGGUCCGGGCGUGAUACGUGGUGCCUGUUGCCAAGGCAACGGCAACACGCCGAUUCCCAUAGGGAAAGUGAAGGAGAUGAAGAACUCUCCGAUUCACUGCAAAGUCAGAUCUGUCAUAGUCACCACUGAGAGCAACAAGAAGUUCUGCCUGGAUCCCACCUGGAGCUGGACCCAGACACUGAAGAAAGAGUUUGGGAAAGAAAAACGGCUCCGCUGAGAUCUGGAUCUGGGUCGGAACCGAGUCUGCUGGAGCGGGAAGAACCGUUCUGAUGUUUUAACGACACACUGGACGUGUCGCUGAUAGUUCUCCGUUUUUGCUGCUAAUUUAUGAUUUUAUAAACUCUGAGUUGAUUUUCAGUUUGUCUGAUGGAGAAUGUAACAAUUGGUAACAUUUAGUAAUAAUUAGUAAC